GUGUGAGAGGCGUCAAGUGCGACGUCGAGAGGAGGAGGAGGGUUAUGUUAGGUGCGACGUCGACAGGAGGAUGUGUCAUGUUAGGUGUGGUAUCGACAAGAGGAGGGUUCGUUCUGUAGAGCGUAAGGAGGGUAACUAGGUUUGGGUAUCAAGUUUGGAAGGGGGUUGUAUAGUCAAGGUUAAGUUUAACACAUAAAACAUCGUCGUUUUAAGGGGGUUUUCGUUUUAGUUUGGUUUUUGAACCCUAAAAUCGAAACCAAAUAUGAUUUAUUUCAGUUUUUUAUUUUUUUGGCUUCGCUUCAGCAUUCAGUUUGAUUUUUUUUUUCAAUUUUUUUUAACCCGUGGCGUACAAUCCCUGCUACCUAAAGGUUAAGGUUUAUAAAUGAGAGUAAUAGUUUCUCCUCUUCUAAUCCCCUCCACUCUCCCCCUCUUCUCACACUUCUUUUUAUGCCUUUAGAGAUAUUUUCUCCCCUCCUGAUUCCCUCUUCUCACAUUUUUUUUUGUCUCUAUAAAAAAAGUCAGCACAAUAUGUUAAUGUGACUUAGUCUUAACCGUUCAAAUAAGAGGAGAAAGAAGAGAAGGAGAGGGAACUGAAGAGGAGAGAGAAUCCUACCCGUUAUAAAUUUCAUGGUAUGUCGGAAACAAUCAGCCGGGGAUCCGUGGCGCAAUGGUAGCGCGUCUGACUCCAGAUCAGAAGGUUGCGUGUUCGAUUCACGUCGGGUUCAAAACCCCUUAACCCCAAUAUCUAUUUUUUCACUUUUUUUUUAUUUAUUUUUUCAUGACGUACUAUUUUCUCACUCACUGUCCGACUCCUGUCAGUGUCACCCCCUUCCCCUAAUCCCUCUGCAAAACCCUAACGCCAGCCCCGACUUCUCCCUCUCUACAAGCCAUGUCUCUUCUAUCUCGCCUUCGCCACGCCGCCCUCACCCCCCACGCCCGCCACCUCUCCACGGCGGCCCCACUCUCCUCCAAGGACAAAACUAGAACCGCCAUCGCCCUCCUCAAAUCCGAGAAAGACCCCUCCAGAAUCCUCGAAAUCUGCAAAUCCGCCUCCCUAACCCCCGAAUCCCACCUCGAUCGCAUCGCCUUCUCCGUCGCCAUCAACCGCCUGCGCGACGACAACCACUACGACUUCAUCCGCCAGUUCCUCGACGACCUCUUCGCCUCCCGGCCCGACCUCAAAACGCAGCGCUUCGCCUCCCACGCCAUCAUCCUCUACGGUCAGGCCGACAUGCCCGACCACGCCGUCCGCACCUUUGAGCGCUGCGAGGAAUUGGGCAUCCCUCGGAACGUCAAGACGCUCAAUGCGUUGCUGCUCGCCUGUAUAUUCGCCAGGAAUUACAAGGAGGUGAACCGGGUUUUUCUCGAAUUCCCGAAGAUUUACAGGAUCCAGCCCGAUUUGGAGACUUACAAUUACGUGAUCAAGGCGUUAUCGGAGGCGGGCACCACCAGCUCCUCCUACUCGGUGCUGGCGGAGAUGGAGAGGAAGAAUGUGAAGCCGGAUGCCGACACUUUCGGGCAUUUGCUCACCGGGUUUUACACCGAAAUGAAGUUUGAAGACGUUGGGAAGGUGAUGAAUUUGAUGGAGAAGCACGGGUUUCAGCCCGGACUUUCCACUUACAACAUUAGGAUCAAGAGUUUGUGCAAAUUGAGGAAGUCUGGCGAGGCAAAAGCGUUGCUGGAUGGGAUGCUUUCGAGGGGGAUGAAGCCGAAUGCAGUCACAUUUUGCCAUCUGAUUCAUGGGUUUUGCAAGGAAGGGAACUUGGACGAGGCGAAGAAGACGUUCACCAACAUGGUGAACCGCGGAUUUAAGGCAGAUGCCAACUGCUACUUCACUCUUGUGUAUUUCCUGUGCAAAGGUGGGGAGUUUGAGAGUGCAUUGCAGUUUGCCAAGGAGAGCAUUGAGCAGAAUUGGGUUCCCAAUUUUGGAACCAUGAAGUUGCUCGUGGACGGACUGGUGAAGGUUUCGAAGGUGGCGGAGGCAAGGGAGGUUAUCGGGCAGAUGAAGGAGAAGUUUUCGGUGAAUCAAGAUCGGUGGAAUGAAGUUGAAGCUGCAUUGCCGCAGUAAGAACUCGGCGAGGAAGGAGAUGGUUUUUUUU